CGGCAAUUUUCGUCUCCUAGAGGUACAAUAACAUUUAAGACAUUUUGAAUCACAAAAUCAAUUUGCCGACGCGACACAUUGUCAAUACCGUUAACUAUCGUGGCCAAGUCCUUGCUGCAUCUGUACAGAGAGCUCAUGAUUGCUAAUGCGGUGCAACAAAAUUAGGUUAAUUUCGUUUUUAGGUUUUCUUGUCAUAUUGUUAGUAUCUUUUAACGUUUUCCUGUUGAGUAAGCUAAACAGCGUCAGUGGGGAGGGAUACCUCAUUAGAUUCAAGGUAAGCCAGUUGGGCUGAUCACUGAUGGUAUUUUUUUUAGAAAGGAAAUCGCGGCCAGAUGAUGAGAAGUUCGGAUCUCUUCGUGACAUGUAUGUUAGACCAUUUCUUUUAGUUCCCUUCUGAACCCAACUUUUAAACAGUGGGAGCAAUUUUUUGAAGCAGUAUCACUGAAGUUACUCAGGGGAAGAUAACCGUACAGCUACAUACGUGUUAUGCGCACAGCACGUGGAUGAAAGAUACACAAAUGGCAUAAUGAAAGAUUACCUACUACGAACUACUACGACUACGACAACUCCCUAAAAAAAUCCUGUUAGUUGUCUGUCGACCGACAGUUUUAAGCUCACCUGUUGGCUGACAGUUGGCCAAAAGACAGCUGACGGUUGGUGAUAUGUCACUAAGUUGAUGGUAACAAUAUUAUCACAUUACUGCUGGGCGUGAAAUUACGCCUACUACAGGCGCCAAUGCGACUAAAUUUUCACUUUGGCGACCAAAUCCUGAAAAUUAGGCGCCAAAUUGGCGACUAGAAUGCUUCAUCACAUCCUUACUUAGAGAUAUAGAGAAUUUAAAAGAUCAGCAGAGAUAAAGCCGCGACAAACUUCCUCAUUAAGUUUGUUUCCAAAACGCAGCACAUGCAUCUUGAUCGAUAACUAGACGCCAUCUUGGAUUUAGGUGAGCUUGAACGUAGUAUAUCAUCCAUUUUAGUGUCUACGCUGUAGCAUGUUGAAGAACUUUUUUCUGAUUUAAUUUUGAAGGGUCUAUCCAGAACGUUGACAGCAUUAAAAAAAGGUUUUGUCUGUAGGUGGCGACCAACUUUUUUGAAUUGGCUACCACUUUGAAUAAUUUAGGAGCCAAGUGGUUAUCAGAAAAAAAAAUUAAUUUCACGCCCUGUACUGCUUUUAUCGUUCAAACGUCAGUGCACAUAAAUGCUACAUUGUAUGGAAAGAUGUACUUGCUGAAGGUUUUGGCCAAAUUAAGAGAAAAGACAAGAGUUGCUGAAAUUCCAGUCUUGCAAUUGGACUGCCAUUCUGGAAAGGUUACCUAAACCCCAUUUCAGUGGCCUGUAGGUGACCUGUUGGUUGUCUGUUGGCUGACAGUCAGCAUCAAGUUUUUUCAGGCAGUUGUUCUUUAAAUUACCCGACUUUGUUUUAUAAUAGUAUGAGGUAACAGGGAAAUGUUUCAAAGUGCUGUGACUCAUUACAGAUUCAAUAAACUGCUUUGUUCACACAAUAUCAUUGCCAGCUACUGUUACAUGAUCAUGCACCAGAGAGCACAGUGCAAGAAACUCACCCUGUAUAGAUUCUUCUUAGGUACAGAUUUAAGUAAACAGUUGCUUCCCAGUUGACUUCCCUCCUUUCUCAAUUUUUUAUCAAAGAAUCUUCUCGAAAAACAGCUGGAUUUCAAACAACUUCCAACAGAUUCCUCCAGCCAGUACAAAGUAGAUGUUAACUUUCUUUUGGCAAAGACUCAUGUAUUGAAAGAGGAACUGGAUGUAACAUUAGUAACUCAUUGUACUUCCAAUCACCUUCAUUAUCUACUUGAACUCACUGAGCACUGGAAAGGCCCAAUAUCAUUAGGUGUGUAACUGUAUGUUAACCAAGUUUAAGGUUUAUACUGUAAGUUAUACACCAAGUUAUUUUAGCUUGCAUUUAUGGCCCAAGUGUGAAGCAUACUGGUCAUAAAUUGGGGUGGAAAAAACAGAAGUUCUUUAACAUACAGUAUGUACCAAGAAAACAAGGUUUAUAACUAAUUUAUAUCCCUGUAGUCUGGGAUCAAAUAGAGGGGAGAAGAUUUCAAUUCUGUUAAACUUUUGAUUUAACAGGUCAUACAAUGAAAGAUGAUCUGUCAAAUUGAGCAAGCAUAGCCCUCAUACUAACAGGGAGGUAUUAAUAAAAAGGGCUUGUUAUUGUUCACAAUUUAGAUUGCCCAGCCAGUGUUAUAAUGUUAAGUUUUUGGGUUGAUACAUGUUGAUAGUUUUACAUUCACUUGAAAAAAAAUGUUGAAAGUUUUACAACUCCUACUACAACUUUAAACUUUAUAAAAACAACCUAAAGCUGUUUGUGAGGGAGAAAAAUAUGCUCUUGGUGAGAUGAAAAAUGUGUCAGCAGGAACAUACCACCCAUUCAAAGAGUCAAGCCCUAUGAGACAAUUUGUUAUUUUAGCUUUCAUUUUCCCAUGAAAGGUUAAAAACAAUGAGUGGUAAACAAGAUUGUGGCAGCAAAAGCAGCUUUAAAUUUAGUGUCAGGUCCAGAGAAAUUGACCAUUUACACCACACCUGGUAGUUGAGAUCUAAAAACUUAACAACUGUUUACCUCGAUUUUUUUCUAUUGUUCAACAGCUGUAUUUAUACCAGGAUAUGAUGCAGUAACAUCAUUUACCUCUCUACUUGGCCUCUAUCAGUGUCAUGAAGCAUUCAGAGAUCGUGUGACAGUACAUUUGGUGUACCCAUUGUCACAUCCUCCUGCAGAAAAUGUACUUCACCUGCAUUGGAAACAAGCACUGAGUCAGCAAGGAAACUGCAACAAGUUUUUAGCAAAACUCAAGAGCAAUGUGAUUGGAGGAGAACAUAGCAGGAAUUAUGCCAAUGUCAAAGUAUAACAUAUUCUGAUGUUCCUUGAUUUGUUGAUUAACUUUUUAGGGGGGCUAACAGUUUUUCAAAUUAUUUAGAAAUCUUAUUGGAUUUACUGCCCUCCUUCCAUUAAAGCCCCCUCUCUAAUAAGUGCCCCCCUUUUUUUAUCUGCAUACAGCUGUAGGCUUGAGAAACUUAUGCAAAACUUCCUUAAAUACAAACUGCCAACAACAAAAACUAUGCAGGAGUGUUAAGCCAGCUUUUUGACUUGCUGUAGCCAUUUCCAUAGAUCUAGAGGUGUGCUAACCCAGUGCUUUUAACAUGAGGAGAUUUAUUCUUGCUGCUUCUUUGUUAUUUAAGAACUUGAAAGUAUGUCCUAAAGAAUGUUCAGUUGUUUUGUUUCAACCUUUGCAAGAGUCAUCUUAUAAAAGUCAAGCAGGAACAAAAAAAAAAUUGAAGGCCUAUGCCUAUGGGGCCAUAGUCUGGCUACACCCCUGCUAUGGAAUCUUUGUGUCCAAGGGAUUAUUUUUGUUUUGUGCUAUAGAGUACUUCCUUCCAGCCACACUUGUUUUUCCUGCUGAAAUGCUGUCCAUGGGUGUUUUUAUAUGUGUAUCAGUUAGUCUUUACCACAACAGGUCUUAGUGCUUUAAUGCUUUGUUUUAAUUAUCUUUUACAGGUGCCCUAUCCAAACAAUCUGUUGAGAAAUGUCGGACGCUCAAUCUUACCUCCAGAGGCCUACAUACUGGUGGUUGAUGUGGACAUGAUGUGUAAUGGUGAUCUUUAUUCCAGUUUCCUUGAAUAUGCUCAACAUAUAAACCUUAUGGCGAACAAAGGUAUUGAAAAAAGGUGUUAUUUAUUUGUCAUGAGAAUGUAAAAAAGAAAAAUCCUAGGACUUGCACUUCAGACCAUUGACACUGUCCAAUGCUCUAUCACAGAUCUUCAGUGAGUGCAUUUGUGAGCUUGGCCAUUUACUAGGUUCAGUUGUAAUGAAUGCUUUGCAUUCUGUUUAGAUUAGAGGAAAAGUGUGAAAACACAUCAACAAAGAUGAUAAAUCAUUUAUGAAGUAUUCCACAAAUUGUAGGGAAGUGAUAAUAUUUUCCUAAGUUAUUAUUAAUAUUAUUUUAAAACUCCAUACAACCAGCCAAUGCAAACAAACUUAUUGCCUCAUAAAGGCUUGAAUUUAUCUCAGCUUUCUAAGCAUGAAGUGAGUCAGUAGAGUGUAGUAUAGUUGGCCAGCAGUAUCUCAUUGAGGGCAGGUAUAUAAUAAAAUUAUUAUAAUAAUAAUAAUAUUUAUUAUUUGUAAAGCACAUUUUACAUGUGCAUAUGAUCAAAUGCACAUAAUUAGGAAAUUUACUAGUGGAAGAGAGCUGGAAAGCAGCAUUAAUUGUAGUUUGUGUGUUUUAAAUCAUAGCUCUUCUUUGAAGCCUUUUUGGUAUGCCUUUGUAGUCUAUAACACUACAUAGAUAAACUCUCCCCUUGCAAACAAAUCAGUCCUGUUUCAUUUAACUGGUACUCCUAAGUGGAGCAUUUAUAUUGGAGAAAACAUUUUUUGCCCAGUAAUGAUUUUGUUUUCUCUUCUUCAGCUAAAAGGGUGUUUGUGGUAGCUGCUUUUGAAAGUGUUAAAAAGCUUUCACCAUCACUGACAAAGAAAGAGUUAUUAGGCCUGUGGGAUUCUGGUAGUGUGCAGCCGUUUUAUUAUCAAACAUGUUGGAAGUGCCAGAAGCAUUUAGAUUAUGAUGCAUGGAAAAGGCAAGUCAGGGGAAAACAUUAAAGAAUCUUUUCGUUGGACCCAGAAAACAUGAAGUCUUAACCCUUUCACCCCCAUGAGUGUACCAAGCCAGAAUUUCUCCAAGCACACCAGUGAUAAUAGUAGAGAGAAAUAUCAAUUAAGGGAUUACUAGUUGGUUCAAUUUCAAAUUCCCCAAACUAACUUGAUAAGAAUUGUGUGACAAACAGUAAGGAAAGUCUCUGAUGAGAUCUUGGGAGUGAAAGGAUUAAAUCCCAAUUUGUGAUCAGCAUCUUAUUUCUCCCCACAGUAAUACUACUGAAUCAUUCAUUAAGAUCAUGAGAAUAAAGGAAAUGAUUGCCAACCUAAGAUGCUUGGAUUGUCAGUUCUUAAGAAAAUGUAUAAAGAGCAGUAUGGAGAACAUGUACACUGGUGUUAGGGUGUAGGGAGUUAUAGUAUUUUGGUGAUGUUUCACUGUGUUGUGAACAACCACUCUGUCCAUGCAGCUCACAGCACCAUAGUUCAUACCAUUCUCCAUAGCAUCAAUAGACUGUUGCUCUCCUUGAAUUGGAGGCUAGUCUGACAAUUUAUGGCAGGAAAGGUGCAUAACAUGCAUUCCUCCCAAGAAUUCUACACCAUUCCUUGGACACUACUGAACCCUGGACCACACAAUUCCCAGGAAAGCGACAAAACCAAAACAUAUAUCUCUUGUGAUGUGUUACUUUCAUCACACUUAAUUGAAAUGUUUUUUACAAAGACAUUAAAGCUUGAAAUAUUUCAAGAGUUCAUGUAUCAUAGUGUCAAAGGAAAAGAAUGUGACUUAUCUUCUGUGGCAUGCUAUGAUAUCCUUAUUAUUAAAUACUGGAUCAUUGGAUAAUGCAAAUAAAAAAUUUUCAUUGGCUUAGCAACAUGGGUUAUGAGCCAUUAUACAUGACUGUACAAUGCACAAGCAUGAUGACGAAGUCAACCAUUGUAACAUUCCAUCUGUACUUACAAAGUAAAGUUGGGAAGAUUUGUAUAUAUUUCUGGGCAUUUUUAAUAAACAAUUAUUCCUCUUGCACUUAUGGAUAACAAUGAGAUGAUAGCCAACUCAGCCCUAUGUGCCUUGUUGGCUAUCAUCUCAUAUUCAACAAGCACUCUUGGAAUCAUUGGUAAUAGCCUAUUUAUCAUACCGUAGUAACAGAAUGGAUACAAAAAUGCAAAACAUGAUGUUUACUCUUGACAUACAGUAAUUGUUCUUGGUUAUUAUCUAGUGUUCAGUGUCAUAAUUAGUAACAUCUCAUCUCAAUUUUUAGCUAUAUCUCUUCAGACAACAAUUUGCAGAUAGCUUAUUCUGUUGAUUGGAAGGAUCCAUGGGAACCAUUUUACAUUGCACCCAAUCAUGUUCCUCUAUAUGAUGAGAGAUUCAAGCAGGUAUGAACUUUCUAACAGGGAAUCUGCAAUUUUUAUCGUUAGGAUAAAACCUAACCAGCCUACCAAAGAAUGUGGUAUUUCCACCUUUAGUGAGGUAUUUGUCAAUUAGAGUUUCCUACUUCCUCAGAACAGAGAAAAAUAACCUAACCCUUUUAGGUAUUUCAUAUUUCACCUGAAGAUGUCAAAGGGAAAAUUGAUCUUCAAAUUUCUAAAGCAACACAACUGCAAACAAGAAAGAUACUUGCUAUCAAUUGUGAUAUAUCAAGUUAAACAUUUGAAGAGAAUGUAUGCCCAUGUAUUAUUCUUUAUUUAAUAAUUAUUGUUAACUUUUUUGGAUUAUUUAUUUUCAGUAUGGGUUUAAUAGGAUCAGUCAAGUCUGUGAGACUCACACUGCUGGCUAUGACUUUGUGGUCCUCAACAAUGCUUUUCUUAUUCAUCAUGGUUUCAAAACAAGGGAUGGAUUUCACUCUGCCAAGGAUGAGGAAAAUAACCGUAACAGAGAUCUUUUUAGGACAUUUAAAAAGGAACUCAAGUCUAAAUAUCCACAGUCAACAAGUCACUGUUGA